UGUGCCCCAGCUCCUGCCUCCUCCUCCUCCUCCUCAUCCGGGGAGAGGCAGGCUGGAGGGAGGAGGCCCCAUCUGCGCCUCCCUGCUGGCGCCCAGCGUGCUGGAGCAGAGCCGCUUACGAACGGGGAGCGCCAUGGCUGAGCGGCUGUCGGAGGAGCAGAUCGCCGAAUUCAAGGAAGCUUUUUCCCUUUUUGACCGGGAUGGAGAUGGUUGCAUUACCACAAAGGAGUUGGGCACCGUCAUGCGCUCGCUGGGGCAGAACCCCACCGAAGCAGAGUUGCAGGACAUGGUGGGGGAGGUGGAUGCUGAUGGCAGCGGCACCAUUGACUUCCCUGAAUUCCUCUCGUUGAUGGCAAGGAAGAUGAGGGACACAGACAGCGAGGAGGAGAUCCGUGAGGCUUUCCGCGUCUUUGACAAGGAUGGCAAUGGCUACAUCAGUGCGGCGGAGCUGCGGCAUGUCAUGACCAACCUGGGUGAGAAGUUGACAGACGAGGAGGUGGACGAGAUGAUCAAGGAGGCUGACUGCAACAACGAUGGGCAGGUCAACUACGAGGAGUUUGUGAGGAUGAUGACGGAGAAGUGAGCCCCUCACCACCCACCUCCAAUCCCAUCCCACAGG